AUGCCAGCCAUGUGGGCUGCCUGGCGGAACGCCAGUGACUUGCACUGGGGCGGCGUGGUUACGCAGAUCCCGCCAGAGCAGGAGGAUCGUGAGCUCGAUGCUCAAGAGCAUGAGCCUCUCAUGUUUUUGAGCGGCACAUUUUCUGGCGCCGCCCAACGAUGGGCUAUUGAGGUGGUUAAAGCCACCUCUGGAUGGGUUUUUGAAAUCCAGAAUUUGAUCUCUGGGAUCGUGCGCGAGGCUCACGCAAGCCGGCUCAAGUUUUACGCCGACGAGUCCCUCAAUGUCGACGAAGAAUUGUUGCGCCAUGUGACUCACAAUGCCGACGGGCAUGUCGUGGACCAGUUAGUCGAUUGUCGAUACAAUCCACGGACAUCUGCCUUCGAAGUCUUGCCGACGACCAACCUGCUGGAAGAUGUACCUGCAGUCGUGAAACGGUACGUGCGCGAGCACGGUGCGCAUGGCACAGUGGCGUCCAUGGCCACGGCUCUUGGACUGGAGCGAUCCUUGGGGGGGAUUGUUGCGAAUUGGACAUUCGCAGGAGCCAUGGAGUGCAUCCAAGAAACAAUCCAAGACUCCGUUCAAGUGGUCAAAGCAACCUCUGGAUGGGUUUUUGAAAUCCAGAAUUUGAUCACUCGGAUCGUGCGCGAGGCUCACGCAAGCCGGCAGAAGUUUUACGCCGACGAGUCCCUCAAUGUCGACGAAGAAUUGUUGCGCCAUGUGACUCACAAUGCCGACGGGCAUGUCGUGGACCAGUUGGUCGAUUGUCGAUACAAUCCACGGACAUCUGCCUUCAAAGUCUUGGUGCGAUGGCGCGGCCUUCAGGACGUUGAGAAUUCUUGGGAGCCGGCGACCAACCUGCUGGAAGAUGUACCAGCAGUCGUGAAACGGUACGUGCGCGAGCACGUCUCUCUCGCUGAGUUUCGCAGGACGACCACCCCCAAACUCGGCUAG